GAGUAGAUAUCAAAGAACCGCCAACAUUUACAACAAUUCCCCAAGCACAGCGGGAAUCCUCUUGCGGUACAAGUGAUUAUGUUUUUUGUGUGAAUCCGUUUGUUUUCAUUCACCAGUUAAAGAUUUAAAGUUUGGAUAUUCUAUUGGAUUUGACAAGUUGUUGAAAAACACAAAGAUACAAAGUCAAGAGUUAAUUUUUUUUUGUUGAUCCGUGUGUAAAAAGCGGCGCAAAAAUUCGUUUCGAAAAAGUGGCCUCGAUAGGCGCCAAUACGUUAAACUUCACGGAUUUGGGGAGCCCUUACGAAGGGCCCCCAAGCACACCACAAUCCGGCAUGGAUGCACCUGAUGCUCCACACACCCCAAAAUACACAAUGGAUGGUGCAACGGGCAAUCCAGGAAAAUCAGCAUUUGUUGAACUUCAGCAACAUGGUUACGGUGCUAUUCGAAGUGGAUAUGGACAACAUUUUGGACCGCAGGGCGGGCAAGACUCAGGUUUUCCAAGUCCCCGAAGCGCAUUAGGCUAUCCAUUCCCAACUAUGCAAAAUUCGUAUUCGAGCUAUCAUCUAGGAGGCUACGCUCCACCAUGUGCAAGUCCGCCAAAAGAUGAUAAAAUAGAAGAUACUGGACUUCGAGUGAAUGGUAAAGGCAAAAAGAUGAGAAAGCCUCGAACAAUCUACAGUUCACUUCAAUUGCAACAACUUAAUCGACGAUUUCAACGAACGCAAUAUUUGGCUUUGCCAGAGCGAGCUGAAUUGGCAGCUAGUUUGGGAUUAACACAAACACAGUUCGUUUACUUCAUGUCUCUUGUGGAAAAAUAUGAAAUAACCACUAAACUUGUGCAAUAUGCUUUCUAA